CGAAAAAUGGCGGCGGCUGCCGACGAUCAGGUGAAGCCGCCAAAGUAUGAUGCUCUGUUUGGCGAGAAUGAGGAUGCAGCAGUAUAUGAACCAUUGACAUUCUGUCCACUAAACAUACCCCCCCACCAGUCUCCUCCAGCCUAUGACGUGUCAGAACAACAGGCCCUGGUAGAUCGGCUUGUUCACCAAACUGCAGAGAGGAACACUGAUUCUGAUGUUGCUGUUGUUUGCCUACCUCCGCCUUACGAGCCGCCACUUAGAGAUUCUCCCCCGUCAUACGACUCGCUGUUCGGGCGAGUUAUUGCAGCCCACAACCACAGCAGCAGCCGAAUCGACUUCCUUAAAAAGUUCUAUGAACUUCUGAGGGAAACAUUGGGAUGUACCCUCUUUCUAGGAAUCAUCAUGGCAGUUCCGGUCACAAUGAUUGUCAUGGGGUGCAUGCAUCUGUUCGACUGUCCGGCGGAGCAGUACAUACCACUGUACCUCCUGGUGGGGGGCAUCGCCAUAUCAGCCAAGAUCAUCAAGGCCUUCCUAGAGAUGUACACAUGCAAGGACUGUCCCUUGUUCCAGCAUGGCCGGGGCAAAGAUGCACUGGAGGUGCUACUUGUCUUCUUCAUUGUGGGAUGGUUUAUAGCUGGGAACAUGUGGAUAUAUCGAACACAAGGCCGGUUUGACAGUAGGAAUCCCAAGUCCCCAAACUACUGUUCUCCGUACGUGUUCUACUUCGCCUUCUGGCUGACAACGUCAGUGUAUAUACUGUUUGCUCUGUUUCUAUGCUGUAUGUAUGGCAUCUCAGCACUGGGGAGCAAGUCUACGUAGGGGCAGCUCUCCGUAUAGUCCAGUGAAUAUUAAACUUUAUCAUUUGUUUAUUAAAUUAUUACUGGUAAUAUUGUAAUAUACGAUGGAUCUCAGAACACUGAUAAGAAUAUAUUGUAUACUGGGUGAAAUAUUAUUUGGGGAGGAGUUUUAUUAAGAUGCAGACAGCUGUAAAGGAUUAUUAUCUCAUUGGGUGUAAUUUCUUUAACAUGUCUAAUGCUGUAGAGGUUUACAGAACUAUCAGACCAUUGUGAUACUUUGUCCCACGGUAUGAGCAUAUCAUGCGACCAUUAUUGAUACAUAAUAAUACAUGUUUAUAUUGCAUUGCAUAUUGUCAUGAUGGUAUGAAAAUGUAAAAUUAAAAAAUACUAUUUUCUGACAGUAUGUACAAGGUUAUUGUUAGUAUAAAUUAAGUGAGUCAUUUCUUUUUACAUGGAAUAUGGCUCCUAAUGAAACAGUGUCAAAUAUCCAUGAAUCACAUCACAAGCUUAUAUCCAGAUAUGUAUCAUAUCACUACAUAGUGUAUCAUUAUUGCCCACAUUUAACACUUAAACCCUAGGGGUGAAACAAUACACUAAUGCAUCAUGAGUUUUCACGCCUCGAUAGGACGAUACCAUACACUUGCAAAAAAAAUAUUUACUACUGCCUCCAUUUUUUGUCAAUGAAAUAUCGCAAUAUGUAUUGUAAUUAGUGUUUCAAGUUCACUGCUAAAAAUAGCCAUUACGACCAUGUGUACAGCUAGAUUUCUUUUGAAUCAUGCUCUGAAAUAUUUACUGUCAAGUGGUUUUGACAUGAAUAUGUAUUGCGAUACGUAUCGUGGGCCAUGUAACGAAAUGCGAAUCGUUUAACCCUGACCUAACCCAUGACAUGAUGGCAGCAACAAAAACUAGUCCUUAUUAUGAUAACAUAUAGGAAAACCCUUAAUUUCUACCAGUCUUUAUGAUACCUUAAGUAUUGGUCAGUUUGGCAAGGACUAUAGGACCAGUGCCAAUUUCUAACGCUGGAUGUUCAGCCUUGACUAUUUCAACAUCUACAUCCAGUUCUCCAAGCAUGCUAAGACUGUGAGAACGCUAUUCAUGAAUGUUUGUUGUGUACCACCUAUCCUCGAUAUGGCCAGACCAAUUGUCUUAUCUUGUACAGGUUUUUAUUGUCAAUAUGCCGAAAAGCUGGAUGCAGAAUAAUUGAAUGAGGUUUAGAUCCUUAAAAAAUGUAUUUAACGAAACUACAACAAACAUGACAAAAAUAUGUUCACAAACAGCAUUGUUAGUGUCUAUAUGUAGGGAAGGUUUGUAAAAACAGUCUGAUUUAGACAUUGAAAUUAAUUUUGUGUGUGUCAGUCUUACUUUUUCUUGUUUUGAUCAUAUUUGAUAGAAUUUCUGGUAAUGCCUGUGUAUGUCAUGGUAUAUCAGAACAGGGGCACGUUCCACGAAGCAAUCGUAGCUCUAAGAAGAUCGUAACUCAUGCUUUAGAAUAGACUUACGACAGUCAUAGUUCUAAGUUCGCUUUGUGGAACAGCACCCAGAUCUUUAUUUAUUUAUUUUUGUUACUUGUUCGUCUUAAAAUUUCAGCCUUCCUUCGACUCCAUGCACAUAGUAUGUCUGUAUCACUACAUCAUGUUUGCAGGGUUUGGAAAAUAGUAUUUCACACAAAUAUAUCCAAAAAUGAUUUUUCUGACUUUCCCCGAUUUCCUUCUGAGCUGCUGACCUCCCUGCUGAAAAACCCAAUAGAAGACAUUGAGAUAAGAUCACAACAGUUAUAGCCGUGAAUUGUGUAAUUAUAGUUAUCUGCCCUUAUUAUACACUUACCAAGUUCCUCACUGUGAUAUCCUGUUCGUGGAGCUCUCUAUACUAUCGCUGCCACCAGUCAAAGCUCUACACUGUGAUGGGUGGCUACAAGUUGCCAUGCAUGGAGUUCAACUCGCAGCUAACUGGCCGUUAUGUUUACAAACAAGUGAUGAUUGCCGUGAUGCUGAAUACACUGGUGGCAGUGAUGUUACCAAGAAUGUAACGAAGGUGUCACACGCCGGGAACGAGCUUUAACACUUUUCAACAAUGUUUUUUCGCCCAUGUUUCACAAUGUUUUGAAAUGGUGGGAAUAAUAUCUAUGUGUAAGUGUAAGUUGGAAUCUGAUGAGUUUUGAGAUUAGAGAAUUAGUGAUAACAAACUGUAUCACAGUAUGAUAUUGUCAUCAAAUAUUGCCAAAUAUUUGACAUAUUGGAAAUUAUGUAAUAUCAAAUGCUGCCACAUUGAGACAUUGGUUUUUCAUGAUGAAGCUAGAUGUGUAUGUAUGUUUUCUUUUACUGUAUAUUGUUUUUAGAUGAUUUAUGUUUUUGUAUUUGUAUGUUGUGAUAUUGAAUGUAAUUCCGGGUUUAUUCUUGUUACUCUGGUAUUGUUCCCUUUUCCUAAUGAAACAAGUAUACAGGCGGGGUUUGUUUAAAGCUGUCGUAAGAGGGGAUCGGGUGGUCAGGGUCGCUGACUUGGUUGAUACAUGUCAUGAUAGUCCAAUUGUGUCAAUCACUGGAUUGUCUGGUCCAGACUUGAUUAUUUACAGGUCGUCAGAUAGCUGGAAUAUUGUUGAGUGAGGCGUAAAACAAUUAACAUACGAACAAACAAAUAAAGCUUGUGCUACCCAGGUCAAGCUCAUCCAAGGUCACCCUUCAUAUUAACCUAUGCCAGUUUUGGAUGUGGACACUAUCCAGAAAUUGUCAGAAAUCCUAAAAACCACUAUAUGGAAAGUUACUGGUUGUGUAGGAUCUCUAGUCGUAGUUGCCCCAAAGUGUUGAAUAAUGCAAUUUAAUGUAUGUAGGAAACAAUAUACAAUGCAGGUUUGUUUAGGUUGGAGAUUGUGUUUAUUGUUUCCUCUCCAAUGAGAGAUAUGUUAUAAGCUUGUGCCCCCAAACCCAACACAACCCACAAUAGACACUACACCAUUUAAUUCAUUUCCAACGGUCUGAAACAAAAGUAACUACUGGUAGACCAGAGCCAAUGAACCAGCAUUAGUGUCCUGAAUCCAUAAAUGUUGCAUAGCAGUAAUCUACACAGGACCACCUAUGAACUUUAUUGUGAACCCUUGUUUGUAUGGAGUUGUUACCUUUGAACUCCAUGGUUUUCUGUAUAUACCACUUUCGUGACCAACUCGUGUUAUUCCGGGACAAGCCGAAUAGCCCCUCAUGCACCUCUUGUGGCCAUUUUUGUGACUGGGUUCCGUCUAAGCGCAAACGGGCAUAGUUAAAAGAAUUGUCAACUUGUUGCAUAAUGAUUCACAUAUAUAUGUCAUAUAUAUUCCAGAAGCUUUUUAAAACACAUCAGGACUUACGAUAUUAAUACAGUAUGAUUGAACACAUUUAACUGUAUCGAGGGUAUAUUUUUAGAACCAAGAAUUGUAAAUAAAAAAUUAUACCUGAGGGAGUCAUACACGCAUUCUGAUUGGUUUGUCAUAUUUUCAGACAUAAGAGUCUUCAUGCAGGUUGAAGGAAGGUGCGAGUGGUGACGAAUGAAAAAUUCGAAAAUACCACUGAACAAAAAAACUAGUGUAACAUUCCAUCCAUCCUUUUAUCAGUCGGAAAUGUUAAUCAGUAAGCAUGUUGAUAACAAAAUUCAUGUCCCAUAUUGAAAGUCCAGAUUAUGAUACUGGCCUGAUUAGGACAAGAAUGAAUUAACUGUUUGAUUGGCUUCCUAGAAGUUGGUGAGUAAAUAAGAAAACAUACAACUGAUGUAGACUAAUACACUCUUAUCCAGAUUGAUAACGGUGUAAGAAAUGUCGCUGAAUGCAAUUAUCCAGAAGUUGUAAUCCAUAAAGUUGUGUGUUUUGUUGUCAAGAAUGAAUUGGACCUUGUCGUAAGAGGCAACUAAUGGGAUCGGGUGGUCAGGCUCACUGACUUGUUUGAUGCGUGUCAUCGUAUCCCAAUUGCAUGGAUCAAUGCUCAUAACGUCAAUCACUGGAUUGUCUGGUCCAGAUUUGAUUAUUUACAGACCGCCGUUGUAUAGGUGGAAUAUUGCUGAGUGCGGCGUUGAACAAACAAACAAACAAACAAACAAACAAGAAUGAAUUGAUCAUAAAGUUACAAGGAAACUUUAAUGAGAUGCAUCAACAUGGCAGCGAACUUUGUUGGUGAAAUACAAUUUACGAUAAAAUAAUUUUCCUAAAAUAUUUUGUCAUCACUGGCAUGUUUGAAACACUAUGAACAAUUUUGGUUUCUUGUCAUUCUGUUUUGCAUCUUACACAAUGUUUUUGACUACAAUGCGAUUACCUCCCUUACAUACUGAAUUUGAUAAACAAUGUCUUGUUCAGGCCAACACUAGGUCAAGACACAUUCUGCUUGUGAUUGUGAUGGCGCUGUCUCCCUCAUUCUUGCAGUAAAGUUUCUGACAAUGUUCAAUCUCAUUAAAAUCAGAUCUUAGUUCUCGCUAUCGCUAAACAAAGAUCUGAGGACAUCCCAUUACGGGUCACGUCAGACCGACCUUGCGCGAAUUUUGAC